GCUGCAGUCUGUGGUUUAUGUUCUACAUUUUGUGCUACCUGCAUUGAUUAUUUUUACAAUUAUAUUAAUGCGGAAAAAACAUUGCAGGUCUAAAUUUUGAGAGACGUAUUAGUUAUAUGUAUAUUUGUGUGAUAUGUUUUGUACUUAAAUAUUAAGAUAGCGUGAAAUCGGUGUCGUUGGUAAAUUAUCAAAAUGGGUACUAAAACCAUAAGAGAUAGUUCCUUCAUGGCGAAGUACUCAGCGUACAGCCCUUAUCGGCUACUUCGCCGAGAAAGUGGAUUUGAAAAUCCGGUGGGAGCAAGCGACGCAAUGGCGCGUAGCCUGUAUUGUGGUAUGAAGCCUAUAGCUUCAUGGGACUGUGAACAGGCGAAUGCUCUUCCUACCGGUGGCGUAUUCAACCUUGAAUUCUCCCCGGAAGGUUCUCUUCUAGUUGCUGCGUGUGAGAAGAAAUCAAUACAGAUUUUUGAUCCGUUAACACAUCAGAGAAUUCACUCGGUAAAUGGAGCACAUUCAGACUGUGUUAAUUGUGUUAAAUUCCUCGACGGUAGAAUGUUUGCAACGUGCUCAGAUGACACCACCAUAGCGUUGUGGGAUGUUAGAAAUUUAAAGAAAAAAAUUCGCUCUCUCUUAGGACAUUCGAACUGGGUAAAAAACAUCGAAUUCUCAGUCAAAGACAAAUUACUCGUGACAUCCGGAUUGGACGGCAGCAUAUAUACAUGGGAUAUAAAUUCCUACACAGAAUUUAAUCUCGUAUACCAAAGAGUAUUCCAUGCGUCCGGCUUGAUGAGGUGUAGGCUGUCGCCGGACGCGAGACAGAUGGUCAUGUGCACCACCGGGGGAUUGCUUGUAAUUAUUCAUGAUUUGAACUUGUCAACAUUGGCUCAACACUUACAUGGAUUUAAACCAAAUCUAUACAGACUGAUGCAAAUGAGCCAACAGUUGAUACCAAUCGCGGCAAUGUACGAUCACUUGUUUGACCUUAAGCGUACAGAAAACAGGGUCGAGUUCGUAUCAGAUUUUCCUGAUGGCAACGAUGCUGAGGUCGUCAGCGCACUGCAGAUCCAUCCACAGGGUUGGUGUGCGUUAAGUAGGAAUAUAAGUCACGAUGACAGAUCUGAGUGGUCGUGCAUCCACGACAUCCAGGCGGGCGCGCACGCGGGCGCCGAGCCGGCGGACAAGAGCACGCGCUCGCGCUCGCCGCCGCGCCGGCCCGCGCCGCGCCGCCGCGCCCGCCCCCGCGCGCGCCCCUACCGCCAGCCGCGCCCCAUGGCCGCCGUGCCGCCCGCGCUGCCCGCCUCCGUGGCGCCCGCCCGCCCAUCGACCGACAGUACAAGACGGGAGCGCGACCGGGACGAGGAGGCGGAGCCCGAGGCCGGGCCCAGCGCGCCCCGACUCGCGCCGGGCCUGUCGAGUAUUCAGAAUGACGUGUGGGAGGCGUCUAUUACUAUCAAACAACAUCGAAUGCUCCAAGAGAUGUACAGCAGAGGUCAGGUGGGGCGCAACUUCAACAUGCAGCGCAUCAUGGGCAUCAACACGGGCAUCGCUCCGCCGGGCGUGCUGCGCGCGCGCUCGCUGCGGGCCGCGCCCGCGCGCCUGCUGCCGCGCCUCAGCGCCACGCCCGCCCUGCCCGCACGUGCUCCCCCGGAUGACAGCACGUUACCCUCGACGUCCGGCCAGACUCCGCGACGCGAGAGCUCUAGUUCGUGCGAAGACGAAGAGACGCCGCACUACAUACGACAGAACCGCGACCGUCUGCUCUACUACGUCGAGGAGACCAACGAGGGGAAGGGUUUCAUUAAGGAACUUUGUUUUUCUGCCGAUGGGCGGCUGGUGUGCUCGCCGUUCGGUCGCGGUAUGCGUCUGUUAGCCCUCAACGACCGCUGCGCAGAGCUGUCCCACUGCGUACAAGACUUCGACGGACCCACUCAAAUGGUAGACGUCGGACAAAGCCUCGGGAUACACCAGGACCUCGUCGUCAGCUCCAAGUUUAGUCCCAGACAUCAUCUCCUCGUCACCGGCUGUCUCGAGGGGAAAAUAGUUUGGUACGAGCCUUACAGUGGCGAAUCGUGUUACUAGUUACUUAAUUUAAUUUUUUAUAUGAGAGCCCUCAUUCCUCAGACUGUAUAUUUCAACUUUUUGUGUUCAUUAAGUAUUUUAUAGUGUAGAGAUUGGGCAGUGUCGACAUGUAAUCAUGUAUCCGUGUGUGAUUCUGAGAAUAACUUAUGUGAACUUGUGCAGGUUAUUGAACAUAGCUGAAAGCAGGCUUUUGGUAUAAAUAUUUUGUUGUAAUUGUCUUAACAAUUUUACAUUCGGAUGAGUAAACAUGGAUAAAAUAAAAUUGGUGUAUUUUUUAAAUGAUUAAAUUCGUCAAUCAAAACAUGUAUUAUUGAAUAAAUUAAGAAAUAUCCAAUAAUACAUGUUUUUAUUAAACAAUAAAAUGACUACAAAUGCUCAUCUUCAUGUAAAACUGUG